UAGGGAGAAAGAUGAACACAGAGAAACAACGAAAGGAGAUUUGAAUUUCAAAUGUAUAUUUUGAUGUAGAGAAAAACAACGAAAUCUCAACAAAGAUCGUUUUCAAACAGUAUCGUUUUAAAGCUUUCUUCACCAAUUCUCAUCAGAUCCGAUCCUUUAUGUGUUUGAUUGAUCAACGUAACCGCGAUUUGAACGAUGAAUCUUCGCCUUAUGGAUUCGAUUCAAGUUUAGCGUCGUUGAUCAUCGAUCGAUUUUGUUCAGUUUGAUUACUGGCGCUUGUUCUGAUGGAAAUGAAAGAAGGAGAGACUCGCCGGAAUGGUCUGGCCGGUUUAUCAUUAAGCACAAUUCUCGGUGAAGGAGAGAAACCGCUGAGUCCAGGAAAUCGUACUUUACUAGACAUCAUUAGUGACGAUCCAAACAGCGGUUUUAAGAAGAAUAAAAAGAAUUGGACAGCAUUCAAGGAUAUGAUCCGUCUACAACGUGCCGGUGUAGCUUGGACCUCCAUUAUUACAAUUCCCGUAUCAGAUGUAAACGUUCCCAAUCUCAUCCGUUCAGUAUCAUCAGGAGCACAAUCGUUUCGGCGUCCUCCAACGCUAAACAUUUCCGAUCCAAUUCAUGAACCGAUUGAUCAAAUUACAACGGGAGAGAAUUCCAAUCAAAUCGAGUCUGAUUCGGCUCUAAUUCCAAUCAACCGUCCACAAAUGGUUCGUCGUGACUCGAGUCGCGUACCUGCACCGGCUUCGAAGAGAUAUAGUUCGUUGAACAUAGCGGGAGACGAAUUCCCUGAAGUUUCGAGUGAGGGAAGCGAAGAGGGGGAGGAGGAGGAGAAGGGAACUCAUGAGGAGAGUACGUCUCUGAUGGCUUUACUGGAUUUCAAUGAAGAUGAUGAUGAGGAUGAUGAUGAUGAAGAAGAUGGAGAUGGGGAUUCAGAUGAAUCUGUAGAAUAUAGCAUAUGCUCUGUUUGUAUGGUGAGUCAUAAGGGUGCGGCUUUCGUUCCAUGUGGACAUGCAUUCUGCAGAUUAUGCUCUAGGGAGCUUUGGGUACAAAGAGGUACGACUUGUCCUCUUUGCAAUGGCUUCGUCGUUGAGAUUCUUGAUAUCUUCUGAUUUUCAAACUGUGAGUUUUCCAUUAUCUGCUCUCUGUUUCAUUCUUCUUCUUCUUCUUCUUUAGGUUUAGAAAUUGCAUGGACCAUUUAAAGGUAAACAAACAAACAAAAAAUUGAUUUCAAAUGUCUCCAUUUUAUAUUCAAAUUGCUAAAGUUUUGAAACUAUUUUA